AUGCUACAGGAGCAAGAGUGUAGGUAUGGAGCAAUGUGUAUGAGGCCAGAUUGCAAAUAUAAGCACAAUAUCAAGAAAAUUAAUAUUCCUUGUAUUCAUUUCAACAAUAAAGGAUGCUAUAAAGGAGAUAAAUGCCCUUACCUUCACAUUAUGAAGCCAAAUCCUUUGAGUACUCAAGUUCCUGAAGAAACACAUAACGAGCCUAAAAACGAUGCUGAAGGAGAACUGCAAGCCCCGAAAUCUCCUAUAGUUAAUCCUCCACAAUCUCCAACUCCAAAAAGCCCAAUGAAGUCCAUUACUCCUCCCCGAUCUCCAAUAAUUGAGUCAAAGCCACAGCAAGUUGAGCAACCUGAAAUCCCCCAAAUGAACUUAGAAAGUAAAUCAGAAGAAGCAAAAGUGGUUAAAGAAACUUUAAACAAAAAACCUCAAAUUCCAGCUAAAACAGCGAGCCAACAGCCUGCUAAUAAGAAAAACGCAGAAAAGAAGAAAAAAGCACCCCAAAAGCCUCCAGAAAAGAAGCCAGAAAAUAUACCCCUUCCUACUACAAAGAAAACAGAGCCUCAAGGGUUCAAAGUUCCAGUAAAAUCAAUCGACCAAAUAAAGAAAGAGAAAGAAAUGAAACUUAAGCAACGCCAAGAAGAAUUAAAAGGUGAAAACUCGGCUCCUGAAAAAGAAGUGGCCAUCAUUACAAGUCCAGUUGAAGAACUCCCUCAGAAAAGAAAAAUAAUUGAUAAUAGCGACAAAGGUGUCAAAAAAGUCAAAGGGAAUGAAGCACCUCCUGAGCUUGAAGAAGGCGAAGAGCCUGGAAAUCAAGAAAAUCAGCCUAUGGAUUUGGAAGAAAAUGUGGAAAAAGAGAUAGGGGAAAUUAGAGAAGAAAAAACUCAGGAAUCAGUUGAUAUUUAUUUUGAUCUCCCUUCAAUUGAUACAUCAGUGAAUGUCCAAGAUAUGAGCACUCACAAAGCAUCACAAGACUUUUCAGAACUGGUUUUUCCUCAAAUUCAUUCAGAAGGCUCAAUUGACCAAGAAGAACCUCCUAAAGUAAUUGAUAGUCUGAUUUUGCCUCAAAUUCCUUCUGUAAUACACACAGAAGCUAAAGAAAAGUCUGUCCCUGGCACUUCUAUUUUAAGAAAAUCAUCAGAACCUGAACCCAGAUUAGUCUCUGAAGAACGACCUAUAAAAGCAGUUUUUUCUCCAACUACUGAAGAAAAAGCAAAAGCACCAGAAGAAAAGUCAAAAACUAUUCUCUUAAAAUCAAAAGAUGAUAACAAAGCUCAAAAACCUGCAAAGCCUGUAGAGGGCACAGCAAGAAUUCUGACGCUUGAAGAAAUCAAAGCAAAGAAAGAAGCAAUGAAAAAGGAUGCGACACCUACUUUGCCUCCUCCAGCUAAAGAUAAAUCUGAGGAAAAGGAAAAAAUUGAGAUUCCUGCCAAAAGACAGCCAGCGCAAAAAGCCGAGAUCCCAAUGCCAAAGAAAAAGGUUAAGGCGCCAAUAGUGAGCUAUGAGGAAUGGAAGCCUUUUAGCCAAGCCUUUCUUUCUUUGAAUCUAAAUGAGUGGCCUGGUGAAGUGCUCACCUCUCAAGAUAUCGAAGAGAGAAAGCAGCUUGCUGCCAAGCUAAGUACGCCAGAAGGUCUAACUGAAAUAAUAGAAGAUCUGGAGUCAAAAAUCUCAAAAAUUGAAAUUGAGAAAGGCCCGAUCACAGUUGACCCAGAGUUCGAAUCACUAUCUCUGAUUGAAAAAAUCGAUGACCUCUAUCAAAAGUUUAAACUAGCUGUUAAGUAA